UGUACAUUGUAGAACAAUUAAUAUAAAUACAUUUCUUACUUUCUAUAGUCAUAACUUAUAAUUUAUUGUGUUUGCUAGUGAUCAUUAAUCUUAAACCAACAUGUCUGGUCAUGAUGAAUAUGUCGAUGUAAUGACAUCCAGUCCACCUCUUACAACUAAAGCAACCUUGCAAAGUUCAGGGAUAAAGAAAAAAAAAGUAAAAAAUAAUAAAGACAAUCCAGGAUCAAGUGAUGAAGAACGAUGGUUAAAAGCAAUCGAAACAGGUAAAUUGGAUGAAGUUGAUGAUGAAUUAAAGAAAAUUAAAAAAAAGGAUCCAAAAAUGAUGACCGCUAGACAAAGAGCUAUGUUUGAUAGAAAGUCUGACAAAGAAUUCACCGAAGAACUCGUUGCAUUGCCUUCAGGAUAUCGGGAAAAAGUAUUAACUCCAGAAAUGCUACAAAAAAAAGCUAUUAAAUCACAAAAAAGAAAACAACAAGCAGAUGAAAAAAGGGAAAAUGAUAAAAAACGUACCAUGGAAAGAUUAUUGAAAAAACAUGAAAGCAAAUCUAAAACAAAUGCUAAAGGCCGGAUGGCAAGAAAGGCUGUUAAUAAUAUUAUUUAUGUAAAUAAAAAUGACAAAGUGUCUCUACUAUUUCCAGAAGGUGUCGAAUUUCCUCUCAAAAAAUCAUUAAUUAAGCCUCCACCUGCUCAAAAAAUGUGUGGUGUAGAUGGAUGUGAAAAUCCUAAGAAAUAUUCGUGCUCUCGAACAGGUUUACCAUUAUGUAGCUUACAAUGUUAUAAUGCAAAUCAAUUAAAUAUUUGGAACACUGUAUGCUGAUUAAGCCUUCAUAUUUUUGAUGGUCUUGUUGGUGGUAUCAAUUUUUUUAAUUCGGAGUCAAUUUUUCGGUCAACCAUCACUUUCAUCACAAAUUCACCUUGUUGAAAUGGU